GCAGCGCGCACGCAAGCCAGCCGCCAAGAAGGGCUCUGCCGCCGCUCCUGCUCGCCGCAACGGCAAGAAGGCUGACCAGGAGGAGGAGGAGGAGGAGGAGGAGGACGGCAGCGGCAGUGACAGCGAGGAGCUGGCGGCUGCUCCGGCCCGCCGGGGUGGCGGCGGCUCGGGGGCUCGCAAGGCUGCUGCGGCUGCUGCUGCCGACGAGGAGGAGGACGAAGAUAGCAUCAAGGAUGACGAGGGCGACGGCGGGUCGCUUGAGGAGGAGUCUGAAGACCUUGUGGACGUUCCCACUGGUGGUAAGGGCAAGGGCGCGGGUGCUCGGGGCGCUGGCAAGGGGCGCCGUACGGCGGUGGUUGACAGCGAGGAGGAGGAGGAUGGGGAGGAGGAGGAGGCGAGCAAGGCUGGGAAGAAGCGGCCAGCUGCGGGGGCUAAAUCAUCACGGAAAGCGGAGAAGCAAGAGGAGGACGACGAGGAGGCGGAAGAUGACGAUGACGAGGAGGAGGAAGACUACGAAGAAGAUGCCAGCGAGAGCGGGGAUGGAGGCGACGACGGCGACAGCGACUUUGAAGCGGAUGAUGACGACGACUGAAGGCCGCGGAGGGGUACGGAGGGCGCCGCAGCAGAGGGCUUCAAGGGGUUGCGGUUUGGAUGGAAUGUGAUGCUGCCUGUAGCUGCCUUUCUGUAUGCAGUUGUGUUGUGGAUGGGGACAAGCUGCAGACCAGCGUGGAACCUUGUAUAUGCCGCCUGCCUGCCUGGUAGCAUGUGGCUAGAAAACUGGAGGCCGCAAGGAACGUACUGUGACUUGCCUGAAGAUGAAUUCCUGCCUGGUAACAUGUGUGCACGUUACUGUUUACUUAUUACGUUGUGGUGCCGGUGCUGCCGCUGCCGCUUCUGUUGUGUGGGAGCUGCCUGGAUGGGCCUGGGGGGGGCGUGUGUGUAGCCUCUAGCAUGGUCCUGAGACCGCAGCAGCAUGCAUAUGAUGAGGUUUGAGACCUACUAGCUUUCCGUUCGUUGGGCCAAGUUAGGGCACCUUGAGUGUGUUGCUGCUGCUUUGAGCGGCAUUAUGUAUGCGGUACGGCAUGGGUUCCUGGGCCCCUGGCUCCCUUGCUGGGUUUGGGAAACACGUGGUCGCCAGGCUAGGGCCUGGCCAUGUUCGCUUCCUGGGAGCAACGGCCGUUUAAUAAGACCCGGAGGAAGACUUGAGGUGGAG